GCGACAUUUUGUUUGACCGAUUUCAAAAAAUUGAAAUUUGAGCGCCAUUUCUUUCAUUAUUUUUACAAAUUAAACAAUAUUAAAUUAAAAACUGGUCAUUUAUGGCUGACGCAGAAGGUAAAGAACCCAAAGAAGAACAAAAAAAGAUCGUCCAUACUUACCCUCUGAUCCGACAUUCGGACAUGGCAGAGGAAAUUAAGACUGAGUCAAUGGAAUUAGUUGUAACUGCUUGCGAAAAGCAUUCAGCUAACAAUGAGGCUGCGGCAAAAAUGAUCAAAGAAGAAAUGGACAAAAAGUUUGGACCGCCUUUUCAUGUAGUGGUAGGCGAAGAUUUUGGUUUCGAAAUAUCCUACGAAUGUACAAAUUUACUUUACAUGUUCUUUGGGGGAAAUUUAGCGAUAUGCAUAUGGAAAUGUUAAAAUAUACAAAAAUAGGAAAGUAAUAACACACCAAAUCAAAAAAGAAGUGACAUACAUUUUAACUUAUCUAAUAUAUUUAUUAACUUUAUAUUUUUAUAUAUUAGGAUAUAAAAUAAGUUUUGUAUAAUGGGCAAAGUUAUAAAUACAGAACUGCUAUGAUAAAAUUAUUUUACACAUUUUCUAAUAAAAUAUUCUUAAAAAAACAA